GACAGUCGACUUUCUUCCCAAGUGGAGAGAUCUGCUUUCAAACUGAAACCUGUCCAAGUUACAAUAAAAAUAAGGAUGAAGUUGGUGGUCAUGGUGACUCAGGUGGUGUUGGUGAAGAGUGGAGGGUAUCUAGGGAGGCAAGAUUUAGACACGACAGAGGUGAACGUGAGAAGAGGUCACUGAAGACAACAGGAGAGGUAAGAUUAAGGAGGGAAGAGUGGAGGCCAGCUGAGAUGGAAGGAGGAGGAGAGAGGAGGUGGGCUUGGACGGCAACAACAGGGACAGAGCAGGCAGACACCAUGACAGGUGCAAUGCCAGCUGAUGUAAAGGCUUUAGUGUCUUAUAACUGUGACUCAGAAGAGAGCAGAGAAGUGGUUGAGGAAGGACUGGAUGCCUCAGAUGUCCCAGCUGACGGAGUGCGGAGUACUGAGGAGCGAGCAAACAUUGACAGCAACAGCCUCUUUCACCGCCCUCCUGUUGAGUCAUCCCAUCAACGAGCUCCAGCAGAACGACCCCUCUCCCCAGCCUGUGUACAUACCAACGCACUCCUGACCCCUAAUAAACUCAGUGAUCUCUCCCUGAAGUUAAAACAUACCAGACGCACCUCAAACAUCCUGUCUAUACCACUGCAAAAUGCUCAACAGGGAGUGCCAUCCAGCAGCUGCAGAGAGAAGCAACCAUGGUUUGCUGCGCACGCCGAUAGAACAGAUUUAUCACUACCUCUCACUACUCCCAUCACACAGAAUAUAUGUGAAAUACAAGCUGAGCCCCUUAACACAUUAUCUGAAAGCCAAGCUUACGCUAUUUUACACAACCAUCCAGAGGUCAAAGCCAAAAUGUCUGUUUUACCUCAAGAGGAGACUGCAGAUUCUUCUCUCAGCUACAUCAUGGACCCCAUCAGCCUCUCCUUGCUUCAAGUGGACCAACAGGCCGCCACAGCCUCAUUCCUACGAGGGGAACAGAGCAACACCUCGCUCUGUCCACUAGAGAAUGAAAGGGGAGAAGAUGACAGAAAGGAAGUGGAAAAAGAGCUUCUCACAUGUGCGGAGAUGGCGGGGAAAGUUGUGGUGGAUGUGGACGAAGAAUUUCGUCUGUCUCUUUUGGAGCUGCCACAAGCAAAGACAGUCUGCCCUCCCACCUCUGACACCAUGACAGCUACAAAUCACACUGAGCGAAGAAAAGACAUGUGUUGUGCCACAUAUGACCAUUGUGGAAUAGGUAUGAUGAAGCCUGCUGUCCCUGAGGUUAUGCUGGUUUCUCUCCAGGACCAAGUGAACAACCAGAAGCCCCAAACUGCAUCCCCACUUAAACCCUCUACAUGUGCUUCUAUGCAAACUUCUAUCAUGCAAUCCAUCUCAUCCUCUGUCCAGCAGUCUGGGAACACUGGUUCACCCAGCUCACACAAUUUUACGACAAAUGGUGCCACCCACAUGCCACCAGAAUAUGCACACCAUAUUCCAAACAAACUUGCUUUUUCCAUUUCAACACCAAAAUCACAAAGUGCUUUGGGCCAGUUGAAUACAGUGCCAAAGCAGUGUCAUUCAAACCAUCACAACAACUCAAACAUCUCACGCCAACCAAACGGUCCUAUAGAAUCAAAUAGUCAAGAGAGCACCAGCAAUCAGCAAAUUACACCCAUAAUCUACCUGUCUAUGCUGGAAGACUUGGAUCACGGCCAGUGGCGUGUUGUCCAGGCCCAUUGGGAGCAGCUUGAAGAGAUGGAAGCUUUAUGGCGUAAAGAGGGGACGCUUCUGUGCCAGCAACCUGAUAUGGCAUUUGGGGAUUAUGUCCACAAGCUGGAGGAUAUCAUGGAGAGAAAGGCUCGGUGUGUCCACAGCAUGAUAGCUCAGCUGCAGCCAUAUCUCGAGCCCAGUCAAUCUAACCGACCACACAACCACGAAGAAAACAAUCAUGAUCCAAUUACUUGAAUUAACUAAGUUAAUAAGCAAGAAGCAGGAAUAUUUGCAUUUUUAAGUGCAGCCUAUACAGUACACUGAAGAAAUUGCAGUUACGCAAAGCUGUGCUGUUUAUGGGUGCACAAUAAGUUUUUCACUGGCAACCCUAAACACAGUGUGAGUCAAUAUUUCUUUUAUUUUAUAAUUUUUUAUACAUUUAUUUUAUAAAUGUUGACGUGGUGUAAGCUUUAAGAGUUCACAGCUCAUUGGACAAAUAUCACUUGACGUGUGUGACAUCAAGAGAUAUGUUACAAGAGAUGUUUUCCCAGUCAAUUAUAUACCAUCAUUAUAUACAAUAAUUUAUAUAUAUAGAUAUAUAUGUUCAUCCGAUUGAUGUGUGUUUGUUUCUUUGUGGGUUGUUUUUUCCUCUUAGAUCCUUAGUGCUGUAUGUUAUUUCAGAUGAGUAUAGUAUAUUAUGCAAUUCUUAAUUAGUUCUUUCAAUCAUGAUUUAUUAAGUUCACCUUAAAAUGGAGAUGUGUUACACUACUGUGGAAACUUGAAUGACUGGUAUUUAGAAAUGAAGUUAUUAACAUAAUAGCUGCUAUUUAUGUGCUGUAUCUUUUCAUUUAACCUAAUCCAGCAGGGCUGUACUUUUGCAAACCAAGUCUUGGGCCAGGAGUUUCUCCUAGACUGAUAAUAAUUUCUCAGCUUUGGUCUUGCUUGUUCUUUUCUUCUUAAAAACUGCUAACCUUGAGUGUUUUCAUGAAAAUCACAGCACAUGAUCAUUUUGAGACAUAUUGGACUUGAUCAGGGCUUUCAGUUUCCCUGGUUUGAGUUUUAUCUUAAUCUGUGUUUUACCUGCAACCCCACAGACUUUGUCAGUACUGAAGACCAGUUCAGCCUGAUUAGGGCUGGUCUUCUGUUUAGCUAUGGGCUUUACUAAAACUCUGACUCUAGAAUGAUGUUAGACUGAACCAAAGAUGCAUAAUAUUUUUUUAUAACUUGAGCUGUUUACUUGGCAGAUGACAAACUCUUUUCUAAUGCUAGUCUAUUUUUUUUGGUAAAAAUUGCACUUAAUUGUUUUUUGUUUUCUAAAGCAAUGAGGCUAUUUGGUGUAUUUUUGGUUUUCAGUUAGUGUCAUUGAAGCUAAUUAUCUUUUAAAAACACAGUUCUAAGGAUUUAAUGUUGAAUUAAAUUUGCUUGAUGAUCAGA